AUGCGCACCACCAUCCCUCUCCUGCGAUGCGCUCCCACCACCUGCACCACCACCACAACAACCCUCCUCUCAACCUACCUCCCCACCCUAAAGGCCACCCACCUCCAGCGCAUCGCCCAGCGCACCGGCAUCAAAUCCAGCGGCACGAAGCCCGUGCUCAUCCGCCAACUGGAGACGGAACUUCCGCGAUGCGAGUACCGUUUCCGCGGCCAUGAUGCCGCUGGGGCCGAGCCAGGCCCCGAGCCAGGCCCGGGCACCACGGGCACCAUGAGCAUCCUCAGCAUCGACAUGGGCAUCCGCAACCUCGCCUUCGCGCAUCUCCUCACCCAAGCACAGACGCAGGCACCCCCCACCCCCACCCUCGAGGAUAUAGAAGACCCCGCGGGGGAGUACUCCCCCCCCCUCUACGCCGCGAAAGCGUAUACCCUGCUGACAACCCUGCUGGAGCGGUACCGCCCCACGCACGUGCUGAUCGAGCGGCAGCGGUUCCGGUCGGGCGGGUCGGCGGCCGUUCAGGAGUGGACGAUUCGGGUCGGCGUGUUGGAGGCGAUGUUGUAUGCUGUUUUGGAGGCGUUGAGGCGCGAGGGUUUCAGUCCGAGGGGCACUGCGACUGCGUUGCGGCCGGUGCCGCGGGCUUGGGGCGUGGAGCCCGGGCGGGUGAGUCGGUUUUGGGCGGGGAGGGUUUCCCAGUCGCAUGAACAUGGACAUGAAGGGGCAGGGGGUGAGGGUUUACUGGGUGGUGCAUUGUUAUUUUCUGGUGGUGGUGGUGGUGGUGGUGUUAGGUCUGGGUCUGGGUCUGGGUCUGGGUCUAGGUCAUCAGGGGUGGAGGGAGAGGUGAAAGUCGAUGAAAACCAAAACGGGGCGCGUAGGAAUGGUAGGAGGCGGGUGCAGGAGCAGGAGCAGCAGGAGGAGCACUCUCAAGCACACGCCAAAGCUGAGGACGGACCAGCUACAGCUACAGCUACAGCUACAGCUACAGGGCGUACAAGGAAGAAAAAGAGCACGCGCGAGGUCAAGAAGAUGAAAAUGGAUCUGGUAGGGCAUUGGCUGCAGCAUGCCAGUGCUACCACCACCACCACCACCACCACCACCACCACCACCACCCACCACCCCGGCACUCUGGCCGUGGCGGACGACCAGGAGUUGCAGCGGUGGGUGCAGGCGUAUCGCUCCAAAUGGCAAUCCCCCAAACACCCCCGGACUGGCGCCCACGCCCACGCCCACGCCAACUUGCCGGAUAUCGGCAAGCUGGACGAUCUGGCCGACUGCUUGGUGCAGGGGGUCACUUGGCUGGAGUGGCAGCAGAUGCGUCACCGUCUCAUGGCUAAUCCUUCUCUGUUGGAUAAGAUCUAG